GAAACCAACGGAACGCAGGUGCACAAGGGCCGAGACCCGGACGAGCCUGGCCGCCGAGGACUGUAUGGCAGCGGGGGAGCGCUUUGGCGGGGACACAGGGCCGCUCGGAGGCCGCCGCGAUGCUUCCCUCCUUGCAGGAAUCGCUCGAUGGGGACGAAAAGGAGCUAGAGAGCAGUGAGGAGGGUGGCUCCACCGAGGAGCGGAAACUCGAGCCGCCGCCCAGCAGCCACUACUGUCUCUACAGCUACCGCGGAAGCAGAGUGGCACAGCAGCGAGGGGACAGUGAUGAUGGAAGCCCAAGUGGUACAAAUGCAGAAACUCCCUCUGGUGAUGAUUUCAGCCUCUCCCUGGUGGAUACUAAUCUACCAUCUGAAGUGGAGCCAGAGCUGCGCAGUUUCAUUGCUAAGCGUCUUUCUAAGGGAGCAGUUUUUGAAGGGCUGGGUAAUGUUGCAUCUGUGGAGCUGAGAAUUCCAGGUUACCGGGUUGGUUGUUAUUACUGCCUUUUCCAACAAAAACUGCUUCCCGAAACAGCAACAAUGGACUCUGAACAUAACCCUUCAGAGUAUGUGGUCUGUUUUUUAGGAGGGUCUGAAAAAGGACUUGAGCUUUUCAGGCUUGAAUUGGACAAGUACAUUCAAGGGCUGAAAAAUAAUAUGAAUUGUGAGGAAAGGGGCCUGGAGAACCAUAUAAAGUCCUACCUGAGCAGCUGGUUUGAGGAUGUUGUAUGCCCAAUCCAGCGGGUGGUUCUUCUCUUUCAGGAGAAGCUUACCUUUCUGCUACAUGCCGCUCUGAGUUAUACUCCUGUUGAGGUUAAAGAAUCAGAUGAAAAAACAAAGAGAGACAUUAACAGGUUUCUGAGUGUGGCCAGUCUUCAAGGCCUUAUUCACGAAGGCACCAUGACAUCUUUGUGCAUGGCCAUGACAGGGGAGCAGCAUAAGUCUGUGGUCAUCGAUUGCAGUAGCUCCCAGCCUCAGUUCUACAAUGCAGGAAGCAACCGAUUUUGUGAGGAUUGGAUGCAGGCUUUUUUGAAUGGUGCUGAAGGAGGUAACCCUUUUCUUUUUCGCCAAGUACUGGAGAACUUUAAACUAAAGGCCAUACAAGACACAAAUAAUCUGAAGAGAUUUAUCCGACAGGCAGAAAUGAACCAUUACGCUUUGUUUAAGUGUUACAUGUUCCUAAAGAACUGUGGUAGUGGAGAUAUCCUUUUGAAGAUUGUUAAAGUGGAACAUGAAGAAAUGCCCGAAGCCAAAAGUGUGGUAGCCGUCCUUGAAGAAUUUAUGAAAGAAGCUCUUGCCCAAAGUUUUUGAUCAUGUUUUGAGUUAACUGUAUUGUGAAGUUGUAUAUUUCAGCAUUGGUGUUUGAAAUUGCAGUUGUUAUAAAUUGUCAUAGGAUUGCUAUUUAGGGUUAUUUGAAAUGCAUUCUAGAUGUUUCAUUUUGUGCUUUUAAAAGUUAACUUAAUUAGACAUGAAAAUCUGAGGAAUGUCUUCACUGAGUCUUAGAUAGGUGUGUAUUGGAGUUGUGGAAUUUUAGUACAUUACUUGUCCCAUAAAUUCUAGACUUGACGGAGUUGUUGCUUAAAAAACUUCAGAGGUGAUUUAGUGGCUUCCCUCAGGAGUUUGCUGCAGUAUUUAGCAACCUUCUCAGAAAAAUCACAAUAUUUCUCAAUGUACGAUAGCGUCUUAAAAACAAAUAUACUCCUAGUCUUAGGACAGAUUAGCAACAUGACACUGUUUCAAAGACAGAUCAUUCAGAGACAGUGCAUCCUGUGGGUGCUUGAUAAAAUUUUUUUUUGUCUGAUUAAUAAUGGCAUGGAUGAUGAAGCAAGCUUUUAAGUCAGUAUGCAAAUAAAUCAUGAGUAUGUAAGAAAUUAAAUGAGCUUUAAAAAACAGAUGCAUUAGCUUCAAGAUAAAAUAUUGUCUCAGAUGGAAAGCUACUGGAAAAGUGGUACCCAUCAUUUUUUUUUUUCAUUCAUUUGUUCACAGGUAUUAGCUAAGAGCCUGUAUUUUCUUUUUUCUUCAAAUGAAAAUGCUGGAGCUUUUAAAUUGAAUAUUAAAAAAGAAACGUACGUUUUACAAGCAAACUGUAACAUAAAGAACACAAACAGAUUCUUUAUAUCAGAGUUACUCAUUGAUUUUAGUUUUUUGUACUUUUGUUAAAAGCUUCAUAUUGUUUUACUCUGAAUCAGUUGAAGGUGCUCUCAGCGAGAGCCAUUUAAAAUUCCCAUGGAAGCCAAUUGUAGGCACACACAUAUGAUUGCAGUUUGUUCUGCAUAGCUCUUUAGUAAAUCCAUUUGAUAAUGGUUUUUGUUUACCAGAUCAGAAGCCUUGUGUUCUCACUGCCUUUAGGAUUCUUAGAGGAACACAAGUCCAUAAAAAAUCCUCUCCUAAACUCAUAUAAGUUCACAUUAAGUGCUGAGUUUUAACUUUCAAAAUGAUUGACAAUGGCCUGCUUUCUCUUCUACAGAAGUCUAGGGACAUGACUCACUACGCCAUUUCUUUUCCUUUAAUGAGAAAUACAAUUUAGAAUCUUCAUAAAGGCUUUCAUAUGGUUUUAAACUUUAAUAAGUUGAUUGUAGGCAGUAUAGAAAAAUAUCCAAGUAGCAUUUUUAUAGCAUUAAAUUAGGAAUGACUACGGGAAAUAAGCAGUUUUAUGGUACUACCCUUGAAUCUGACUUUUCUAAUGUUCUUAGUUGCCCACUUGGAAAUUAAUUUUUUAAAUUAAACAUUAGGACAUCAAUAUUUUAAAUCUGGAAAACAUUUUUCAUUUUCAAAUUCACAUGUCAUUCAAAAGUCUGUAUCGUAAAUGACAUUUAAAAGCCAGUGUAUUACCUGCUUCAAGUCACUAAUGGAUAUAGUCAAGGUAUAAUUACGUAUUCUUUAUAUGUACUUAUAUAUAUAUAUUUUGUAAUGUAGGCUCACUGCAUUCCAUAGUUGUAUACGGUAGUCUUAUUUUUAAAAUCUGUGACAAACUGUAUCACUGCUGUAGACAAGGAAAAUGGUGACAUGGAAUUAAAUGUCUUUUUGGCCACGAAAAGAAACUCAAAGAGCUCAUGACCAGAAACACGUACUGUAUUCAAAUCUUAAAAAGCUAAUGUAUUACCUUUUAAAGUUUUGAAAAGGAUUGGUUCAGUGUGGAAUACAUUUAUGUAUCAUUUGUGUGCUAUACACCCAGAAGAAAUGUAUGUUUGUCAUGUAUCAAAAUGGUUGCAGUUUAUCUGUAAUUAUAUUUGUAAUAAUAGUAAAAAAACAAUUUAGCAUCUCA